AUGAAGUUGGCAGUAUCUCUCGAAGCGCUAGCACUUCUUGUCUCCUCCGCAAUGCAGGCUGUCUCUGGAGCUACUCUAGCCUCUUCUGCAUUAUCCAUAAUAAGCACCGCAACGAAUCCAAGCCUAACUUCACAACUCUCCAGUGCAACAGAAUCUGCCACACCACCAGCCAGGACUUCAAUCUUCACGAGUGUGGGAUUUCCUACACCCGUUUCUUCCUCCAUAGUACCUCCGGAAUCUGGGAAGCCUGACCCGCUUGCCCCCCCAGGCGGACUAAACACAAAUGGAACGCUGCCUUUCUAUCACCCCCUCAGUGAUUUUGACUUUCAAUCUCUAAACCUUGCACUUAAUCAAGAAUGGAUAGAGUUGGACCUUUUUCACCACGGACUUGCUCAAUUCUCCGAUGAGGAGUUUGCUGCUGCUGGUAUAAACGCAGAGGAACGCGCACUGAUUGCGUACAUGGGAAAUCAAGAAAUUGGCCACGCGCGCCUCAUUCAAAAUAUGCUUGGUCCAAAUAACUCCGCCAAACCAUGCACGUAUCAGUACCCCUUUACCACUGUUCGCGAGUUCCUCGAUUUCAGUCAGCAAGUGACCCGCUGGGGGGAAGCCGGUACAAUCGGAUUCAUACCUCACCUUAACUCACGCGACUCGGCGCAGAUGCUAUUGCAGACAGUGACAACGGAAGCGAGACAGCAGAUGGCGUUCAGGCAGCUCGAGGGCCUCUUCCCAAUGCCAGUCGACUUCCAGACUGGGAUCACGCAGAGCAUGACCUGGACGUUGCUCGCACCCCAUUUGGUGAGCUGCCCAGCAGAGAACCCAAGGAUUAACUGGCAAAACUUCCCGGCGUUGAAUGUCACUAAUGCUCCAGACCCCACCCCGUUGUUUAACAACACCUCCGUUGGAGCUGAUAACUCAACUUCAUCCGGAAAUGACACCACGCCAGCGAUUACGCACAACAGUACCAAUCCGCUAUCGUUCCCGGGGCGCGAAGUAUUCCUUAGCUGGGAGCUUCCUGGAAAGACAGUUGGGCCUAACAAUAGCUAUAACACGACUACCGCUGCUGGGCCUGCCAAGUUCGCUGCUUGGAUAUCACAACUCAAUACAACCUACACCUUGCUCACUGACGUGAAUGGAACAACUGCAAAAACUACGCAGCCCUCGGGGUUUGUUUUAGGCGAUGGAACAUCGCCAAUCUUUAACGGAACUUUAUUCAUCCUGGUGACCGACGCCAACGUCACUGUUACGCCGUCUAAUGUUACGGCCAUUAACCCUCAUAUUGUUGCUGGGCCUGCUGUUUACACCGCUGGUUAA